GCAAGGUUUCUUAGAGGCGGUAAGACUUGUUCUGGACCUUGAAGGAUGGGUAGAAUUUGAAUAACAGGUGGAGAUGAAUAACAGGAGGGCUUUCUAUCUAAGGUGAGCCUAUGAGCAGAGGCAUUUCGGGUUAGAAAUAUGUUCAGGGCUUAGUAGCUAGAGACUAGAUUGGCUAGAGCAAUAUGCCUGGAGGAAGCUGGAUGAGAUUGGAGAUGUGGAUGGAAAGCCUUGAUUUCCAUGAGGAGUUCAAACUUUCUUCUGGAGGACAACUCCAUUCCUUAUUUAUUGCCUGAGCACAUAUCCUCCGCUAAGCGCUAUUGGAAGCUAGGGAUACAGUAGGAAGCAAGAAACCCAUCAUCUGUAUCCCCCAAGGAGUUUAUGCUCUAGACUUAUGGGACCAGUAGACAGACAGUUAGGAAUUAAGAAUAUUCUGCCCUUUAUGACAGCUAUGAAGGGGGCUCUCAGGUCUUCUGAGACCUCUGGGGAGUGACAGCUUAUGCAAACCAGAAUUUAGCCAGACAAAGGUGAGCAGAGAGAACCUUCUAGGCAGAGGAUAGCCAGCACAGAGAUGGGGAGAUGAGGCCAGCCUGCUGCUCACUGUUUUGAAGAGGGUUUAUUGAGUUCGACUCUGUGUCUAGCUGGGCUUUCAACAUAACAGGGGAGACAAAUACAGAAGGUGGUUUCUGCCCCAAAGCACUUAGUGUCUAUUUAGAGAGAGAGGCCUGAGAAAUGCAGAAUAGUUGACUCUAUGAGUAAGAGUUUAGGAAAGAGAAAAUUGAAGGAAGUUGUGAAAUGGUAUGAAGCUUCUUCCUGGAAAAGUAAAGGCUUAAGCAGAAGUAGAGAGGCGGGCUUGUGAGCAGAGUAUUGAAGGAGAAGGGUGGUCUAUGAGACCCACCUGAUGUGAUGAAGAGGAUGAUACUUUGGAGCAGCAGGAAGAGGAAACAAAAGAGUCUUUGCCAGCUGAUCUACCAGGGAAACCCAGGGACAACUAUACAAAUGCCAAACGCUUCCAGAAUUCCAUUCUACUAGUGCACCCAUCUUGACCGACUCAGCAAGAAGGUGGAUUUUCCCUGUGUCUAAAGAAAAAAAAAUGUCCCCGUGUCUGUAGAGAUGAUUUGCAGUUCAGCCCGGCUGAAGCUGACCGAAUGAGACUAUGGGCUGUGCCUCCGCCAAGCAUGUUGCCACUGUUCAAAAUGAAGAGGAAGCCCAGAAAGGGAAGAACUACCAGAACGGAGAUGUGUUUGGCGAUGAGUAUAGGAUCAAACCGGUGGAAGAGGUCAAAUACAUGAAAAAUGGGGCAGAAGAGGAGCAGAAAAUAGCAGCCAGGAACCAAGAAAACUUGGAAAAAAGUGCCAGUUCAAAUGUAAGACUUAAAACCAAUAAGGAGAUUCCAGGAUUAGUUCAUCAACCCAGAGCAAACAUGCACAUCUCUGAAAGCCAACAAGAAUUCUUCAGAAUGCUGGAUGAAAAAAUUGAAAAGGGUCGAGAUUACUGUUCGGAAGAAGAAGAUAUCACAUAGCACCAAUCCUACCACUCAAACCGGGAGCUACUACUGUGUAAAUAGGUUACACCCCAGUUGAAAUCUUUGCAAAGGUCGGUUCUCUUCAGCGAACAGCACUAUAGCAAAAGAAGAUCGUUCCGUAUCGUAUGCCCCAUUAAAUUACAGUGUUUCUUAAUGAACUUGCAAAGGAAUAUUGCUAAAAACAAACAAAAACUGUUAUCGAACUUUCUUUGUUGCUGCUAGUUAAAACUUGUUGCAACUUUUCACUUCUCUCAGUGUCCAGGUCUGCAGCAAAAUUCUGCAAUUUCACCUUAAAGAUACUGUUGGUUUUACAGAUGCUCUCCAACCUAUUUUCUAAAAGAUGAGGUAGUGGUGAACUCAGAUAUCCAACUUCUGUUCUAGACUGGUUCUGCUUCUAAGACAAGCACCUCCUUCCCCCCCUGCCUCCUCCCUGCCUCCCCCAGCAGUCCAGAGCCUUGCUUCUCACUGGCAUUGUUGCGCUUUGGAGAUGGGAUGGUUGCUAUGACAAGCCUAGUUUCUCUGCUAAGAAGAAGUAGAGACGCUAUUAUCAAUUCAAAGCAUGUCGUGACAUGACUCCUGGAAGUGACAUAGGAGCGGGCAGCAGGUGGUUUCAUUUCCUGGGUCUCUUAAUCAAAGAUCAAGCUUGCAACAUCAGUUUUGCUCAGAUGCAGACGGAAGUGUGAUCACAAUCAUUUGAAUCCCUCUUGCCCACUUUUUUUUCUAAGAAAAUAAACAUUUUACUGUUUUUAUGUAUCCUUGUCUUCUCCCAUUCAUCCAGCUCAAUGUUUUAUGAUGAUCCUGGGUGCGGAAGCUGAGUCCUCCUAGCAAUGGCACCUUGAUGGCUCCCUGCCAUCCCAUGUACAACCCGCCAUGUGAGCGCAGUGCUGGCAGUGGUCAGAGGUGACAAGGGGACACCCCACGGCUUGUUAGGAGGGCCCGAAACCACCCCGUUACCUUUCACUUUGUCAGCAAAUAGACCACCCUACUUCCUAAUCCUCUCCCUUCGAGAUGUCACGUGGGCCUUGCCACUGCUAUUCUCUUGUUGGCAGCGCUGGAUGGUGCAGUGAAAAGCCUUUGCCGCCUGGAAAACGUAGUAUCCCAUUGACACUGGUGAUGAUUUUCAGAGAUGCGAAAGCCAAAGCCCCGGGCCGUAGUGGGGAACGUGAACUGUGGGUUUGGUAGAGUUUAUUUUUCCAUAUUCUAUGAAGAGAAUGAUCUCUUCUCAAAGACAGAAGUAAUAUUUUUAACACAUGUUGUCACAAGUAAAUAGCAAUCAAAAGGAGAAAAUAACUUUUGUAUUUUUUUAACAUGUCCGAUAGCUUUGACGAGAGUUCUCUUUGUUACUUUUGGGGGAGGGCACCCUGUUCAAUGCCACGCCAGCAGUCCAGGUUUGGAUUUGUUCCACCCACCCACACACACACACACACACACACACACACACAAAUAAAACACAGGAAAAGCACUGUAUGUUUCUCUUUGUGGGGUUAUGGACACAGAGGCCUCACUAUCAGCCACUGUACUGCCCUCCGAAGCUGGGUAGUUAAUACGUUCUGGGUGGUCAGGAGAUUACCUGCCACCUACUAGACUAGGAAGCUUAGUGUCAUCUCGCUGCAGAGAUGAGCCUUGACUUGCAAAUCCAUCCAUAUAGCUGAUGGCACCACUAAUGUGUCCAGGGAGAAAUUCCUGGUCUCCUUUUGGACCCAGCAGCACACACCAAACAUGAGGGGAAGGAAACUCAGUCAGGCACUAGAGAAAACGGACUGAAACGUUAGCAACAAAAGCCCUUCCUUCUUUCCGCCGGCAGCGGCAGCUAUUUUGGGGAGCAGCUGUGGUUGUUACAUAAAUAGAGACACAGCCAAAAUUUCAGGCUUUUUAUCCUGCUUCAAGCAGAAAAAAAUGCAGGGAGAGUUCAAGUCGCCUAGGGUUUUGCAUCCCCUCCCUUUGUAUGGUUUUUUUGGCCAAGUGACUAAAAUAGUUUUCCUCAACUGUAAACGAACUGCUGAGCCCCACCUCAAACUUGUGCACCGGAGACUUGUUCGCUAUUCCGAGAAUGACCUUUUCCCGAGAUCCCUUGCUCUUAUCAAGCAAGAAUGAAGCAGACACUGAACGCCUUCCAUUUGGUGUCUCGGAUAGUGUCUUCCCAGAAAACCACCACCUUCAACCGAGAUAAAACAUGCUCACAUCAUUUUUCUUAUGGUCACGUUUAACAUUUUGACAUGAUACACACAUACACAGAACCACGUGUCCCUUGGAAUCUGAUUUUUGAGGGUUUCAAGUGUCGUUUCCGUGAACCAGUGGUUUCUCACCUGGGUUCUGUCCUCCAGGUUUAACACUGGCUCCCUCGCUGAUGUGCAAAAGUGAUUUCACCUGCAGACACGCGUGGUACACUUAGAUCUGAGAAACGGGGCGGCUGAGCCGGUUGGCAUGAAAUGCUUGAUUAUGUUAGCAACACUCAAAACUGUCUGUUUUCCAUUUGUCGGUUUUAAUCAUAAAAUUGUCAAGUGA